CCUGCUUGAAGAAGACGACCAGUUGCCAACGGUCUCGCCAAGCGAGGCCUAUUUUGGCCGCUUUGAGAGCGGGGUGGAAAGAAACAGACGCGUCGCGUCCACAAACUCUAGGCAAUAGACGGCACAGCAUCUCAUCGAGGCUUUUUCACGAUAACACACAUUCUGCGGGGCAUUUUGAGUGCUUUCUGUUUCUUCUCAGACUGUGAUAAUACUGUGAGUCUUAGGAAACAAAACACCAAACUCUCAGACUCCUUUUGCUUACUUACCCCUCAUCUUUCAGCCGUGGCCAUCGUCGACGAGAUGCCUCCAGAUCAACCCCCCCUCAACUGCGCCUACAACCGUGACGAUGUCGUCGCUGGCCUCACUCAAUACUACUCGGCUCUCACGCGCCUCGCCUACAUUCCAUCAUCAUACGUCGACUUCCCACCGCCAGGAGGCUGGACAGAUGCCGAUCUAGAUAUCGGCGCCCUGCGCGCUCUGCGACGCUCCGAGGUCGUUAUCGACCUGCUGCGCCAUCUCCCCUACGCCAGACCGAUGCACGACGGACCUCGUCCGGGCCCCUGGAACGUCGCACCACAAACCAAGGCUGUGCGCUACCUCCGUCACAUGGGACACUUCAGCCAGUGGUCCGAUCGCGGCGACGCGGGGCUUCAUGAGCUCGCUGCCCUUCCCACGCGCGACACGGGAGCCGCACCGAUGGAUUUGCCGCCAGAUGUUGUCUGUCUCACGUAUGGAGAGUACCGAUCUUCCAGUUCGCGCACGAAGCCUUAUUGGUGGAUCGUAGACUGCAGCCGAGGUAUUCUCACGCCGUACGAGGAGAACCUCUACACCGUUGGAAAGGUCCCGCGUAACAAGCCGUGGCGGUGUGUACGGUCGUACUCUGUUACGGAUUACUUCUCUCAGCUUGUAUCAAGCCUAGGUGUCCAGCUGUUCCCCGUGCCGCCGACCGAGGACGACGACGCCGAGAUCCUCGACCCGAGCGUUCUCGCCAAGUCAUCGGAACCGGUGGACAUCUACCGCGCCCACGGCUGGGGCACUGGCGACCUCGCAGACUUCAAGCACGACGAGUGCAUCGUCGCGCUCCAGGGCUGGCGGCGCCGGGUACACGAGGCUGAGCAGAGAAAGAUUGCUCAGGACGUGGACGACGCAGACGAUGAGGACUUUGAGAUGGACGACAGUGAUGACGAUGAGGAUGCGGCGCACGAGGGAGAAGCGGGCGAUGGACUUGCUGAUGCCGUGGCGGAUAUGGAGAUGGAUGAUUUGAGUGCCGAAGCUGCUGCUCUGAGAGCCGAUAUGAGCCCGGAGGAGCGUGCAAAGUUUGAUUGCAGACAGACGCAGUCGCACUUUGAGUGGAUUGAUGAGGAAUGAUUGAGAUGCAGCAUGCCUUACGAAGCCAAACUUGUCAUUGAUUUGCAGCUAGUAGAUGAGAUAAUAUAGAACAAUGCC